AUGCCCGAUGGUCUUGAUUCUUCCGGGGUAUUUGAGUUUGCAGUUUACUUAAAAAGCAAACUCGGAUUGGAUUUUGACUUAUCAACUUACGAAGAUUUGGAUAUAAACUUCAUCGAAGCUGUCUUUGGCUGUAUUGUACCAAACUACGUUCCCUCUACACAAUUUGUGAAUAAGCGCUUCCAGUACAUACUCCAGUGGCUAUCAAAUUCACUUAACGUCUCGCUUGACCACAUUAGUUUAGAUGCCUUGGUGCUCUAUGAUCCAGCAAGCGUAAACGAUAUUCUGGAAUUACUCGAUCUUUGUUUGAAUCCAGGCGCUUUCGGAGAUUCUCAAUCCGUACAUUCCGAGUCCUCGAAAAGAUUCGUAUCUGGUCAUCGUGAUCAAAGGGAUCCUAGUGCUUCAGUUACGUUACCUCAGGACUCAACAGUUAUGGAUUUGAAUCAAAGUCGUUUGCAGUAUCUUCAAUGUAAGCUUUUCGAAAUGUAUCAGUCAGGCAAUGGUGAGACUUUUUCCAAGGGAUCAGUGCCUUGCGAACCAUCUGAUGCACCUGACGUCUCUUGCCCUCAUGUGAAGUUUGCUGAUGUUCCUCCUGAAGAGCCACCAGAAAAAGCAUCAACAUUGAUGGAUCAAUGCUUGUCCCGUUCACGUCGGCUCUCUCGUUCCAUCAUUCGAAUGGUUGAAAAGCCGCUCAGCCACCGUCUAAGCUGUGAAGAGUCGCGACGAAUCACGCCGCAUGCCUUAUCUCUCUACUCUUACGACAGUCAACGACGUUCCCGGUGGUCCCAGAUUGUGCCACUAUCAAAGCUCCCUCGUCGAGAUGGUGAUGCAUUCCUUGAGGCCCUUUUGAAGCACUUUGAGGGCAUAGAACUCUCUAGGGAAACAGGAAACUACGUUAGGACUAAAUUGCAAUUGUUCUAUGGCGGCAACCGACGAAGGCCCGAACGGCACAGCAUGGAGGAAAGUAGGUUGUCGCGCAAAUUAUCAGAAGUCAUUGAGCGGCAGCAGAAGCGUCUGGACCUAAUCAAGCGUCAGACUGAGCACGCAGAACGAAUACGUUGUCUCCGAGACACUCAGCUUUUUGAGCAUCGACUGGCCUUUGAUUUGAAGGAGCGGAAGCGCCAAGAGGUUCUUGCUCGCCACCACUAUCAACAGCAAGUAGAACAGUUAAAAUGUCUGAAAUUAGCACAAAAGGCGGAAGACGAGAGGAUGUUUGUGAAAGUGUUUAAAACUGCCCUAAACCAUGAGCGGCAGUGGAAGAAUGAAGAGCGGAGUUUAAAACGCGAAGCCAGACAAAAGGAAUCAGAACUUAGGGACGUCAUCCUCUCAGACCUCGAGAAUCGUCACACUGAAACUAUUCGUCUGCUAAAUGACGAACAAAGUAAACUCCAGGCUCAAUUAGACCUCGAGGCCAGGGCAAAUCGAUCGGAGAACCUUCAAGCUAAAAUGGAACUUCGUCAGCGGCUAAUGCAGCAGAUUAAGAAGUUAGAAGAGAUUUUAUUAAAUGAAACGAAUCCUCGAAACUUUGUCGAACAUGACGAAAGCCAUGCAUUGUCGGGUUGA